UCGAAUCCCUUUUACUUACUACUCUACUCGGUAAGAACACCAAACCCAUCCCUCUUAUUUAUACUUUGUUUUUUGGUAAUUCUCUGUGCAAAGUUAGAUUAGAGUUUUUCCCUUUCCUUGUUGAAGUAGCCCACCAUUGAAGUAAGCGGUAACAUUUCCGAAGAAUCUCUCUCUCUAGGUAACAUGAACCAAAAUUGUAAACAAGAUCCUCUUGUCCGGUUCUUUCGCUUUAAAAACCCUUUCAAGAUUCUGUUUAAGAAGAGCAACAAUGCUCGAUUAUCGCCAAAGCUAUUCUCGCUGUUAAAUAAUUUCGAGACAAACUUGACUGUGUCGAUUAGAGAACUUAUACCAAAGGAUAAGAAUGAUAUCAUUAGUGUUUCUUGGAUGAUACAAGCCAUGGAGUCUCUUUGCGAGACACACAAGAGUAUCGAGACAUUCAUGACGGAUCUGGAGCUCUCUUUAUCUGACUUGAAGGAAAAUUUGAUUUAUAUCUACUCUGAUGUUAGCUUGAAGCUGCUUGAACUCUGCAACGCCGUCACCUCGGAGAUAGACCAUCUUAACCAUGGCAACCUUUUGCUCAAAAUUGCUUUUAGUAAGCUGGAGACGAACAAUUGUCGCGAGGAACUCCAGUUAUCAUCGCAUCUUGACAGUUGGAAUCAGCACAUGGUCUCCAAGAACCCGAGAAUCGAAAACUGCGGUGCUGUUUUGAGUAGGCUUGUUGAAUCGAUGGAUCAUCACCAUCUCUCCAAGAAGGCUAAGAAGAAACACUCUGUGAAAGGAAAAGUUCUCUUACGAGCUCUAUAUGGUGUAAAGGUCAAGAGUUUAUACAUAUUCAGUGUGUUCGCUGCAGCGUUUACUGGUUCUUCCAAGAACCUCUCCUAUCUUAGAGUUCAAAAGGAGAUGGAGGAGCUUCCAUGGGCACAAGCUUUCAUGGAGUUGCAGAACAAGGUUAACCCGGAGAUAAAAAACGCAUUCUUAUCAGACCAGUCCAUGGGUAUUAAAGAUCUCGAGGCUGUCGACGCCAGUGUGAAGAAACUUAACACAGCGGUACAAGAAGGGUCGGUUCCUAUUUUGUUGUUGGAGCCAUUGAAGAAGUCAGUGAUAGAACUUUCGGAAAGGUUUGAUCUUCUCUACGAAGAAACAGGUUGCUUGUUGAGGAUUAUGAUCUCUGCUCGAAACGCAGUGUCCGAGAGCCUCUGGACGAAAUAUGAAGAAGAGUUGGGAGUAGCAUUGCCAAUGAUGAAUAUUAGAAGUGUCAAGACUUUUUGUGAAUAGAAGAAACAUGUAAUUAUGGGACACUAAUGCAAAUAACAAAUGAGAUUAUAAAACGAAAUAAAAUAGUUAAAUGUGAUUAUUGGACUAUUGAUAACUCAA